AUGAGCAGGCGAGUCAUUGUGACCGGCGGAUCCGGCAAGGCUGGCCGUCAUAUAAUACAAUAUCUGUUAGAUCAGGGACAUCAUGUGCUUAAUCUCGACCUCGCGCCGUUACCGGGCGACCUUGGCAACCAAGUGCAUACGCUCAAAGUCGAUCUCACCGAUGGCGGUCAGGUCUAUAGCUCAAUUUCAUCUCACUUUAAAUUAACAGAGCCAUUCAACGAGCCAGUCCAUAGCCCUCCCGAUGCAGUUAUCCAUCUCGCCGGCAUCGCAAGAAAUAUGUUGGUGCCAGACAUUGAGACCUACAGAGUAAACACGAGUAGCGCUUUCAAUGUUAUCGAGGCUUCUUCUAGGCUUGGGGUCAAGAAAAUCAUUCUAGCGAGUACUGUAUGCACAUACGGGGUCACUUAUGCGGAGGGUGAUGUCGAUUUUCCCUCGUUCCCCAUCGAUGAGGAUAUUGAUGUCAACCCCAUGGAUGUCUACGCCCUUUCCAAGGUCUGCAGCGAGAAGGUCGGGCGAAGCUUUGCGAGAAGGUUUGGCAUUGAUAUUUAUGCCCUCCGAAUUGGCGCAGUCAUAGCCCCAGACGAGUAUGAGAAGUCCUUCCAAGGCUAUGUGAACGACCCUUCAAAAUGGAAAGCGCAUGGCUGGUCGUACACGGACGCUCGUGAUCUGGGCAAAAUGUGUUCCUUAGCCAUCGGCAAGGAUGGAUUGGGUUUCCAGAUAUUCAAUGCGACCAACGACCACAUCACAAAUAUGACAAAUACUUCCGAGUUCUUAAGGGAACAGUGUCCGAACACUCCAUUUACCAGAGAAAUGGAGCCACGAGAAGCACCUAUGAGCAACCAAAAAAUCAAGAGGCUCCUAGGCUUUGAACAAGAUCACGAGUGGACAAGGUAUUACCCACGAGCUGACUCAAUUACAUGA